GCCUGUCGCUCUGCGGGGGGGCGGGGCUCCAGCCGCCGGAAGGCGGAAGCGAGCAGGGCAGCAGCAUGGAGGAGGCGGCAGGGGAGAGGAGUAACCUGGCGGGGGUGCGGCACAUCCUCCUGGUGCUCUCGGGGAAGGGCGGCGUGGGGAAGAGCACCAUCGCCACCGAGCUGGCUUUGUCUCUGCGGCACUCGGGGAAGAAGGUGGGGAUCCUGGAUGUGGACCUGUGCGGCCCCAGCAUACCCCGCAUGUUCAACGUGCAGGACAACGAUGUGCACCAGUGCGACAGCGGCUGGGUGCCAGUUUUUGUGGACCAAGACAAAAGCAUCUCGCUCAUGUCCAUCGGCUUCCUGCUGGAAAAGCCGGAUGAUGCUGUGGUGUGGAGAGGACCCAAGAAAAAUGCUUUGAUAAAACAAUUUGUUGCUGAUGUGGCCUGGGGGGACCUGGACUUCCUCAUUGUGGACACUCCUCCGGGCACAUCCGAUGAGCACAUCUCCACGGUGGAGGCUUUGCGGCCGUACAAGCCCCUGGGAGCAAUCCUAGUCACGACGCCUCAGGCAGUGUCUGUGGGGGACGUGAGGCGAGAACUGACGUUCUGUAAGAAGACGGGUUUACGAGUUCUCGGGAUCAUAGAGAACAUGAGUGGUUUCGUCUGCCCGCACUGUUCGGAGUGCACAAACAUCUUUUCCAAAGGGGGAGGUGAAGAACUGGCAAAGCACGCUGGGGUCCCUUUCCUUGGCUCUGUGCCCCUGGACCCGCAGCUCAGCCAGAGCUUGGAGGAGGGCAGAGACUUCAUUCAAGAGUUUCCCAAGAGCUCUGCCUUCCCUGCCCUGGCUCACAUUGCCCAGCAGAUCUUGGAUGGGACAUCCCCGCAAAGCUCCUGAAGGGAUGAAGGGGGGAUGCCACUCUUGGAGAUCUGAAAAGGGAAGUGCUGCUCCACCCCUGCCUUGGAUUUGAAGAGCCCCUGAUGGGUGUAUCCGCUCAUGCAAGGGACGCACAUCUGCAGCCUUGGUCUUGCCUUCUGAAUGGGCAGGUAUUCUGCCCAGAUGGUACAGUUGUUCCUAGCCCCGCACACACCGUGCUUUCCUCUGCAAGUUGGUCCGUUGCACAGGUACUUGUGGAGCUCCAGGUUGUUUCCACAACGUCUCAUAUGCUGCAGCGUUUUCGACAAUGACUGAAUGCAACUAGCAGCUACGGUGGCUCAUACCAUUGACUGACACAGUCAUUCCCUCGCUAAACCCAAAUGGCACAAAGAGUCUGUAUCUCGCCUCCACACACUGCUGCCUUCUCUCCUGUCGCUUUUGCUGCGUGACAGAUUAUAUGGUACUUGUGGUUCAGUGGCUGGUGAGUUCGUGCCAGAUGCUCUGAUCUGCGUCUGAGCCAAACCACCUCACUCGGAAAUCUAAGAUCGUUGGUACAGAAUAUGCAUCUGAGGGCUUGGCAUGUGCUUCAUGUGAGAAAAUGUCUUUACGUGAUCUACUCUCCAUUUCACAUCUGCAUCCUGCCCUAGCGAAAAACGCCAUUUCUUGGUCUGCUGGGGCUUGUCAUGACUCAGGAAUAUUUUUAAAGGUUCCAGACAGUAAACACUUUUCUUAAAAUCA